CCACCUCAGCUAAGCAUGCAAAAUGCAGUCAGCGGCUGCCUCCUCCGUCGCCUUGCUUCUGACCAUUUCUUCAUUUAUCAAUCUUCUCUCUCUCUCUCUCUCUCGUCGUUCGUUUUCUGCAACAAAACUGGUUAACCUAUGCUGGAAAAUUUCCCGCCUCCAAAAUUACUAAUCCACCCUAACUCAACCUCGGAAAUUUCCAUUCUGCCCCCCUACGCCGGAGCAACCAUGGCUCCAUCAUCGAAUGCGCCAGAGCAAAAGCUCUUCCAAUUCAAAAGCUCCGUCGGAAAACGAACAGAGGCGCCGAGAUGCCCCAGCUCGCCGUUACCCCCGCCGCCGAAGAAAUACAAAUCGUUGAAGGAGAUAAUGAAAACGGCUGAGCACAGGGUUCUCGACAGUGAUUACGAUGAUGUGAGGUGCGAGGAAUGCGGGUCUGGUGAUCGACCGGACGAGAUGCUUCUUUGCGAUAAAUGCGAUAAGGGGUUUCACAUGUGUUGUUUGAGACCGAUCGUUGUUCGUGUUCCGAUUGGCUCCUGGUUUUGCCCUAGCUGCUCUGGGGAGAGAAGCGUAAGAAGUUUUCCGCUAAAGCAGACAAAGAUUAUAGACUUUUUUCGGAUUCAAAUAUGUCUCGAUACACCCGAGAAAUGUUCUUCACCUCAAGAUUCUAGGAAGCGCAGGAGACGUUCUGUACCUUUAGUAAUGUAUAAGAAAAGGAGGAGACUAUUGCCAUUUAAUCCCACAGAAGAUCCAGAGCGGAGGCUAGAACAAAUGAGUUCCCUUGCUAAUGCUUUAAUGACAUUGCACAUGGAGUUCAGCAAUGACCUAACAUACAUGCCCGGCAUGGCCCCAAAAUCAGCCAACCAGGCCAGGUUUGAAGAUGGUGGCAUGCAGGUUCUCUCUAAGGAGGAUAUAGAAACAUUAGAGCAUUGCAGAGCAAUGUGUCGAAGAGGAGAAUGGCCUCCCCUUUUAGUGGUUUUUGAUUCGUGUGAAGGUUUCACAGUGGAGGCUGAUAGUCAUAUAAAGGAUAUGACACUUAUUACGGAAUAUACCGGUGAUGUUGAUUACAUUAAGAACCGUGAAAAUGAUGAUUGUGAUAGCAUGAUGACCCUCCUCUUAGCAAAAAAUCCAUCAAAUAGCCUUGUUAUCUGCCCUGAUAAACGGGGAAACAUUGCCCGCUUCAUUAAUGGCAUCAAUAAUCAUACACCGGAAGGUAGGAAGAAGCAGAAUUUAAAAUGCGUCAGGUAUAAUGUAAAUGGUGAAUGCCGAGUCCUACUGGUUGCCAUUCGUGAUAUUGCCAAGGGUGAAAGGCUAUACUAUGACUACAAUGGAUAUGAGCAGGAAUACCCGACUCAUCAUUUUAUCUGAGUUUGCUUAUGACUACAAUUUUACCAAAUGAAUCUGAAAUUGAUACCAAAAAUCUAGAUUUUCAAGGAUGUUUUUUGGUCUAGGUUUCCUGAUGAUUCUUACACAGCUUACUCAAUAUUGUUUCUGCUGAAAUCAGCAUCAUGCCCUCUCUAAUUAUUUCAACUUGAAACAAGUACUGUACAUUUAAUAUGUAAAUCUGGCCCAUUUCAUGGCCAUGAGAAAAAAAGAAAGGGUUUACAAGAAGAUUGUUAUUCAGAAUUUCAUGAAUUAAUUAUUUGGAAUUGUUGAUGUAAGAAAAUGCUUUUCCAAAUCAAUGGUUUUACUUGUUGUAAUUUGUAAUCAGCAUUAUCUUCUAUUAUUAUUUCUUAUUGGAUAUGCCUAAUAUGAAAUGCUGGCCCAUCGUGGUCAUGAG